CGCCUCGGGUAUUUCUGCUUUAGGUAACCACAUCCCUCUUUAAAAAUUCCGCCUAAAAAGAGAAGACGCUUUACCCGACUCUUUGGGCCGUUAUCUCACGGCGAGCUUUCUGACCAGGUAUACAACUAUCCAGAGGGCCUAGGAGAAGUGCUUUAUAGAGAGCAGUUCGACUUCAACGCUGAGCCACCUUGGGAACCUAGCUGAUGAUAGGAGGGUUCCAUCUCCUAACUUGUCCAUGGAGGUCUCCACUUCAGAAAUCCAAGACCCAUAUUCAUCCAGCUUGGUGUCAAGUGGGCUGUUGCUGCCAGAAUUAUCUUGUGAUUAUUUGAGAGAUGUAUCAGUUUCUUCUGAAGUACAAUCAACUGUAGAAGCCUUUGUAGCAGUUUGUUGCAUAUUCUAAGGACCCAAACGUAAGGCUUGGUGGCCCAUCUCCUUGUUUUUCCUGGUUUAUGACUUUCGGCUUUGUGGAAUACGGCUGAGAUGAAAGGAUUUAUUGAAGAUGCAAACUACUCUGUUGGCUUGUUGGAUGAAGGAACACAUCUUGAAAAUGUUAUUGAUAACUAUGUCUAUGAACAUACCCUAACAGGAAAAAAUGCAUUUUUUGUUGGAGAUCUUGGAACAAUUGUGAAGAAACACAGUCAGUGGCAGAAUGUUGUGGCUCAAAUAAAGCCAUUCUACACAGUAAAAUGCAAUUCGGCUCCAGCUGUUCUAGAGAUUUUAGCAGCUCUUGGAACUGGAUUUGCAUGUUCCAGCAAAAAUGAAAUGGCAUUGGUGCAAGAAUUGGGUGUUUCUCCUGAAAACAUCAUUGAUAUAAGUCCGUGUAAGCAAUCUUCUCAGAUAAAGUAUGCAGCAAAAACUGGGGUUAACAUCAUGUCAUGUGACAAUGAAAUUGAAUUGAAGAAAAUUGCACGCAAUCAUCCAAAUGCGAAGCUCUUACUACACAUCGCAACAGAAGAUAUUAGUGGAGAUGAAGAGAGUAACAUGAAGUUUGGCACCACACUGAAGAAUUGUAGGCACCUCUUGGAAUGUGCUAAGGAACUUGACGUCCAAAUUGUUGGUGUUAAGUUUCAUGUUUCAAGCUCUUGCAAAGAACCUCAAGUGUAUAUUCAUGCUUUAUCUGAUGCUCGAUGUGUGUUUGACAUGGCUGGAGAAUUUGGCUUUAAGAUGACCAUAUUGGACAUUGGCGGAGGCUUCACGGGUAGUGAAUUUCAGUUACAAGAGGUUAAUCAUGUCAUCAGCCCAUUGUUGGAUGUCUACUUUCCUGAAGGAUCUGGCAUUAAGGUCAUUUCAGAACCUGGAAGCUACUAUGUAUCUUCUGCAUUCACUUUAGCAGUUAAUAUCAUUGCAAAGAAAGCUGUUGAAAAUGAUGUUUCCUCUGGAGUAGGAAAAACCGGGAGUAAUGAACCAGCCUUUAUGUAUUACAUGAAUGAUGGUGUUUAUGGUUCUUUUGCAAGUAAAUUGUCUGAGAACUUGAAUACCAUCCCAGAGGUUCACAAGAAAUACAAGAAAGAUGCGCCUCUGUUUACAAGCAGCCUUUGGGGUCCAUCCUGUGAUGAGCUUGAUCAAAUUGUGGAAAACUGUCUUCUUCCUGAGCUGAAUGUGGGAGAUUGGCUGAUCUUUGAUAAUAUGGGAGCAGAUACUCUCCAUGAGCCAUCUGCUUUUAAUGAUUUUCAGAGGCCAACUAUUUAUUACAUGAUGUCAUUCAGUGAUUGGUAUGAAAUGCAAGAUGCUGGAAUUACUUCCGACACAAUGAUGAAGAACUUCUUCUUUGUGCCUUCUUGCAUUCAGCUGAGCCAAGACGACAGCACCUUUUCCACUGAAGCUUAAAACAGGCAUUAACGCUUCCUUUUAGACCUGAAGUUGCAAGUUAAGCUUGUCUGGUCAACAUUCCAGUGUGGAAGAAAAAUUGAACAAUCUUAACUAUUCACUCUCCAAAACUUGAAAGAAAUUAGUAAUAAUAGCUAAUUGGGACCAGGCAAAACCAGCUUACAACUACAAUUCUUUGGGGUGAGGUGGGAAUUAGAUAAUGUGUCCAGAUUUAAACUUACCAGUUGUCCAACCCCUAAGCGUUUAAAAUAAAAUAUGCAACAAAAUGGAUGACUUAGUGGAGAUGGAAGCCCAUCACUUGGGUUCCCCAUUAUAAACCGUUUACAUACAAGUACACAGUUUUUAUACUAAGGAUUCCUGUUAGAAAGUCUUGUAAAGUUAUUGUCUUUCGCCCAGAUAUAUCAAAUGUCAGUGGAAGACCAGUGUGACUUCAUUUAGAUAUGUUUAGUGUAUUUAGAAUGUGUAAAUUUGUGCUUUGAACUGUAGUUUAAUAAAUGUAAAAUUGCAUCAUAGUAUUUGUUGUAUUUGACCUGACGUAACCCUUGUAUGAUUGCAAUAAAAUUUUGUGUAGAUUUUACUGUUUUUUCAGGCUAAAACUUUGGGAAAGGGGCUAGUUAGCAAAGGUAGUUUUGAAAUAGAUGUGUAUAUGACUGUUUUGAAAGUUAUUUUUCUUUAGCCCAUUAUUUCAAGUUUAGUUUGGCAGUACUUUAAUUUUUUUCAAUUAUUUAAGUUUUCAAUAAUUUAAGUAAAAUAAGUUUGAUAAAUCAUUGUGAAUUUCAGAUUCUUUACUGGAAAGUUGACAUGUAGUUUGCAAUGUUUAUUAAACAUAGUAUGUUUUCUUUUAACAAUUCUAACACCAAAAAUGUUAAAAAACCUGCAAGCCCAACAGUAAUAAAUAGACAUCUGUAUAUAGAUACAAUGCAUGUAGUAUUUUAGACAUAAAAUUACAAGUUUAUUGGCUGAAAUGGUAAUUUAUGCUAAAUAACAGAAUAGAUGGGGGGAUAAAUUGCAAAUAGUUACGCAUAUCAGUAAAAAGAAGGGCUAUAUCCAUCUUCAAAAACCUUGAUGCUCUUUUGCACUGGAUAUUUAAAUUUUUUAAUUGCAGGAAAGCACACUAUUAAGUUUUUCAAUCCUUGAUAAUUAGAAAAAAGAAAUUUUAAGCUGUUCUCUUAAUUCUUUGUUACUUUGAGUUCAGUUAGCAUUAUUUUUUUAAUUCUUGUACUAAUUUGGUUGGGAUUUUUGUUUGUUUAUCCUUAGCCUGACAGUGUUUAGUCAGGAUUUGUAAUGUUCAUUGCUAAUGUUAUUAAUAAUUUUAGCUUUCAGAAUUGAAAUAGUAAUGAAAUAAGGAUCAUUGUUCCUAACUUAGCUUUUGCUCAGGUGUGGAAUUUCUGCCUCCCAAGUGGAAAUAUAACUUCACAUUGGUGCCAAUUGACAGAAAAUUCUAACCUGUGUUUUUGAGUUAGGAAUAUUUAAUACAGAGCUGGUUUUUUACAUGUGUGCUGAAUUCAAAGCAGAAAGAAAUUGAUCAUGUUUCUCUCAAAAUUUCAACCUUUGAAACCAAUAGGGUGCACUCAUUGCUUGAUAUUUUGUGAUUUAAUGAAUGCCUAUUUGAACUUAAUAUUGGGGCUACUAAAAUUUAGGAUCCUAGCAUGCUGGUGUGUCAUCUUAGUUGUAUUUGUGGGUCUGGCCAAGGCUAAAUGUAGGGUUUUAUGCAAAAUUCUAAAAUUCUAAACUUACCAUGCAAUAUCCUUGGAACUCGGAGAGAUGGAGGAAUUGCUUCCCUACCUCCUUUACAUGUCAUGCUUGAUUGUGGCCCAAAAAUUCCAAACUUUUGCAACUUUGAGCUUAUUGAUCACUUAUGAUAGCUUCUAAAUUUCACAGCCUAUCAAUUUUGCUGUGAAGUCUGCAGAAGAUUGUUUUAUGUGAAAAUGAAAACAGCUCAGAGCUGUAUCACCUUUGUAAAUGAUAUGGUAGUAACUUCAGGAGAUGUCUGUAUUGUAUUUGAAGACUGUUUGCCAUAAAAAUUGAAGUUUUGAACCUAUGUAUUUCAAUUUGAUAUGCUAAAAAGUACUGAAUUAAUGUUACUAUCCUUUCUGUUUACAAUAUUGUGUAAUCAAUCCAAAAUUUAACUGAAUAUAAAAACAUGAUUUCUAUAUAGUAAAUUGAACUGUAAAGGUAACCUGUGUGUGAUUCUAAAUACACACUCUAAAGUUUUUUUUUUUUUUUUUCCAGUCGCUUUUAAAUCCUAAUGCUUUUUAAUGUGAAGUUGAAGUUUUAAACUAUCAGUCUUGGUAUGUUAAUUUCUAAGCCUUCUUCCAGAAUGUUUUCUUAUGAUGCAAUUAGCAUUCUUAUUCAUUUGUUAUUUAAAGAGAUAUGACUAGUUUAAGCUGACAGAGUACUUUAAGAUCAGAAGAAAAAAAAAUGAAUGUUUUGAAAAUAAUCAAAUAAAAUCCUGCGUGCAAUAAUUUAGAGAUUUCCUAGGGCCACACAUAAGUUGUCACCACAUGCAUAUUGAAAAGUAUUUUGUUGAUUUCCCAUCGCUUGCUCUAUGUGGGUGUUGCAACUAGGGUUAAAAUAGUAGAUUUCUAAAGUACUUAAAUACUAUAUAAUUGCAAAUAAGAGUAACAACUGACAUUUGUUGAGUACAUGUGUGUUAAAAGAUGAAAUCCUAUUCUUCAAUGUGAUUUCCCCUUAAACUUAGAAGCAAAAAGUCUAUAAGCAAAAGAAAGUAUUUCAAGACUUCAAAAUUUAAUUGUUGCUGCAAAUUGAUUAGAAAAAAUUAGUUUGCAUGGUUUGGGUGAAUCAUUUUUUCUGUACCUUCAAACUGAGGCCUUUUAAUUUCUUCAGAUAAGCAUUUGGGAUACUCAUUUAAAGCAUGCUUAAUAGUUUGGUCAGUAAGGACACUGCUGCAGACCCUUUCCAGUUCAACCCUUCUACAUUUGCUAAGUUGCUCAGCUUGAUUACUUUUUUCAGUCUUAAAUUCCUUUACUACUUAUUAGUGUUCUCAUUCUUUUCUUGACGCCAGAGUUCUUUAUCCUACUUCUGGCUUUUUGUUCUUCUUUUGAUCCCUAAACAUAGUAUGUUUUUUUUUAAAGAUCUUGUCUCUUGUCACUCUUUUACACUCAUGAAUUCAACUAUAACUGGUUCCAAAUUUGUAUAUUUCAGCUCUUUACGAUUUGAUCUUCAAUCUGAAUUUCCAAUUCUCUCCUGACCAUUUUCACUUAGAAUAUGCUUCUAAUACCUCAAAUGAUAUAACCAAAAUUAUUUUGCCUCUGUUCCCCAAAACUAGUUUGCUUAUGAUACCACAUCUUUCCAGAAAUUUGGUGUUUUUGGGGGGGAGGAGGUAACUCCAUGGCAAACCCCUUCUCAAAAGUAUUGUUCAUUGCUUCUGGAGUGAAAUGCAAACUGCCUAAUCUGGCUUUUAAGGACUGCCGCAAUAAAUCUACAACCUUAAGGAAUAUUACAAGGAAAUUUUUCUUAAUUCCUGAAAUAUGUGCUCUCUUCAUCUCAGCCUUCCAAAAUUACUAUCCUCUUUCAAAUGUUUUUCAUUCACACUUUAUCUGUGCCCCUACCUCCCAAGAUAAUAAACUCAAAUAUUCCUUGGGCUCUUAGAUUUUUUUAUUUGUUCUAUUGUUCCUUAAUAUAUAUGAGUCUUAUUUUCCAUCUUGGUAGUAUAUUCCUUGAAGUCAAGGAAAAUAGGUCUGGUCUUUUUUUUUUUUUAAUAUGGUCUGCUUGGUAAAUGUUUUGGGUGAAGUCUUAAGUAACUGGGGAGUGGGGUAUGAAGUUGUCAGCUAUGCAAACUUGGUAGUAUUGAUCUGCAUGAUGUUAAAAUGUCGUAGAAUAGAUUUCUAUAAUUUGCUGACUGGACAUAGGAAGUAUUUGUCAGUCUUUUGAGGACUUAACUAUGAUUUUGGGGUCUUUUUGUUUUCAUUUUUUCUUAAACUAGCACAGCCCAACUGAGUUUCUAACUGGAGACAUUAUAUCCUUUAUAGCACUUUGGCUGCGUAGUAUAAAAAGUUGCUAUAUUUUAGACCCUGUUUGGUUAUUUCCCAUGUGAGAUCUUGUUCCUUUAAAAAAAAAAAUGGGAAUCUUUCUCUUAUUUGCUAGUAUUUUGGUUUAGAAGAGAAAUGUUGAAAAGAUGUGAUUUUAGAAUUUGCUGUAAAGUGAUUAAAGUGGAGGUCAUCUACCAUAGUGUGUGGGUAUGUCUAGAUGUAGGUUGCACUUAAUGAAUGGUAUGUGCCACCUAGUAACCAAGGACAACUAAUACCCUAGCUAGUCUAAUUUGGGGAGGCAAUUUCUUCCUCCAAAGCUGAAGACAAUGGAAUAAAUGAGACUUCAGGGGAGAAAGUGAUUUUUUUUUUAAUGGGAAAAAGUUGAACCAAGAUCAUUGGUGCAAUAGAAAGGUCACUGAACUUGGAAGUUGUCAGGAGCCCAGCCCAGUUUGAAUCCUGAUUAUUCCUGUUGAUGCUAUAUCUUUCACCAUGGUCAAGUCACUUAAGUGGACCUCAAUUUCCUUAUUUGAAGUAUAAGGCAUCCAUUUUAGCUUAGCUUUGUGUUUCUGCAAGUAGUCACCUAAAAUUAAGAGUGAGCCUCUUAAGUUUCAUUUAUAGGGUACCUAACUGCCAAAAAAGAGCUAUGUGAAAAUGCAGUAUCCCUUUAAAAUUAGUUUUUACAAAGGCCUUUUAGCAUAUACUAAUGCCAAAUAAGGCAUUUUCCAGAGUAAGAAAUAAAUUUUUUUCUAAAUGAAGAAUUCUAUAUUCCCAUUUGGAAGAGCAGUCUCCUCAAAGAUAGUUUUGUCUGAAUUUAUGCCUGAAAAACUCAAAAAGACCUCCAGUGCUGAAAAACCUUAUCUCUUAUAAUCCAUUCCACUAAAAUCAUCUUUUUUUUAAAUCCUUUUCCUGAAUAUUUGAAUGCUAUUGGUGUUCCAACUGAGUCUUCUGUAGGGUAAAUAUCUUGUUCUUUUUCAAUUUUAUUUUGGUUGAUUCUCAUGGCAUUGUGGGAAAUUGUGUGUGGCGGAAAAAAACACUACAUUGUUUUAAGCAUUUUUUUUCUCCCCCAUCCCCUAAAUGAAAAGGAAUUAAAAACUAUGUAACAAAUUUGCAUACGGAACCAAGCAAAUAAACUCCCAUGUUCAUAUCUUAAAA